AUGGGUGGCAGUGGAACUGACACCGACCUGUCCACGGGCAAGAAGGUGGCCUUCUCUAUUCUCAUCCCUAUAUUGGUUAUUUUGUCUGGUAUCUUUGCCGGUUUAACCCUGGGAUACAUGUCUUUGGACGAAACACAAUUGCAGGUCCUCAUGGCACAAGGCAGUGAGCGAGAACGGAAUUUUGCGAAAAAGAUUGCUCCAGUGCGCCAAGACGGGCAUCUGUUGUUAACGACUCUGCUUAUCGCAAACAUGAUCACCAAUGAAACGCUGCCGAUUAUUGCAGACCCAGUACUGGGUGGCGGUUUUCAAGCUGUUAUUGUCUCGAUUGUUCUUGUCGUUAUAUUUGCCGAGCUUAUUCCUCAGAGUGUGUGCUCGCGCUACGGGCUUUUCAUUGGUGCACAUAUGGCCUUGUUCACUCGGGUUGUGAUGUUCAUUCUAUGGCCUAUCGCAUGGCCGGUAUCACGCAUUCUACAUUAUGUUCUUGGACCCCAUCACGGAACGGUGUAUCGACGUGUCGAGCUGAAGGAGCUUGUGACCAUGCAUGAUGCAGCUGGUGGCAGGGGUGGUGACUUAAAGCACGAUACUGUGACGAUUGUGGGAGGAGCAUUGGACAUGCAGGCAAAGGUCGCCAAGCAGGCAAUGACACCCAUUGAGCAGGUCCACAUGCUCCCUUUGACGGCUCGUUUGGAUUACCCAACGCUGGAACGCAUUGUUCGCUCGGGCCAUUCGCGAAUCCCUGUGUACCAAGAUGUGGACAGCGCCGUGGAAGGUUCGGGCCUUUGGACGCCCAAAGGCAAAGACACAACUAUCUCAAAGAUUGGACGAUCGUUGGGUCUUCGCCAAGCGGUCGCACUGAAUAACCAACCUAUCAGUGCUGGACCAUCUCACAUGAGCAAUCCAUUGGCAAUCACACCGGAGUCUGCAAAGACGCCGCCUCCUGCACCCAAGGUUCAUCGUAAGAUUGUUGGUGCCUUGCUGGUGAAGCAGUGUGUUUUGCUAGAUCCUGAAGAUGCUGUGCCUGUUAGUGAGAUGGUGAUCAAUGCCCUACCAACCGUGCCGUGGGACGAGCCGCUGCUGAACGUGUUGAACGUGUUCCAAGAAGGACGUUCUCAUAUGGCCAUUGUAUCUCCGCACUCAGGCAUGGACACCAAGCCUACGGUCCCUCCGAAAGCCCAGAUCCCAGCGACCCUGCACGCGUCGACGGAUCUCGAGGAGCAGGCGCCGACGGAGUCAAAGACAAAAACAGUGCGUGGCCUUCACCGUCUGUUCUACCGCAUGCGGGGAGGUAAAGACAGUGACUUCGACGAUCCCGAUCAUCCAAUGAGUGCGAGCGGCAACCUGCCUAUGUCGAUGAUUGUCGAGCAAGACUCGGCUCCCAAUGCGCCGCUGGGUAUCAUCACGUUGGAAGAUGUGUUGGAAGAGCUUAUUGGUGAAGAAAUUCUUGAUGAGUACGAUUCUGAUGGCUCCAGCAGCGACAACGCCAGCAACUGGGAUGUGCCUCCAAGCGAGACAUCUAAGCACAUGGACAAGGACACGGACUUUAGUGGCAUGAAUGAAAAAGAUAGCUUGCUUAUUCCCAUCGUGGUAAGCAAGUCGCCCAGAGCAGCCAUCGCUUCUCCCUUGAUCAGUGAUGGAGCUGUGACUCUGCCGCCGCCUGCGCAGGUGUCGGGAAACCAAAAUUGA